AUGGUAGAUCUUCUGAACACUAAAACUAGCAGUGCAAAGAAAAAGAGUUGUGAGCUAACUAACUCUCUUGGAAAAAGGGCAAACGUCCAAUGUGUCGUUUGUAAACAGAAGUAUCCUUAUAUAGUGCGGACAGGAAGUGGAGAGGAUUAUAUAUGUUCCAGGUGCAAGAAGAAUGAUGAUAAACGUAGUGUUUGCAGAAAGUGUAAUAUAGUCAUGCCUCACAGGCUGAUGAGAGAGCAUAUGGAACUGCAUGCUAAAGCAGAAAUGAGAAGGAAGAGCAGAGUUGGCCUGCCGCAAAAGCCUUCUCCAAUGAAACACCAGCAGAUGCUUAAAAAUCGCAGCAUUCCAAAAUACAAAUGCCCUGUUUGCCCCAAAAGGUAUAUGACUGCGCAACAUUUAGCCGAACACAUAAAAUGUAUGCACGGCAAGAAGUCGUACUGUGAAAUAUGUGGGCGAGAUUUGAAAAAUAAUGAAACUUUCGAGAAACACAUAAAAAAUCACGCUGAGCAAGUGGCGGAUUAUAAAUGUCCACCGAAGUCUAUAAGGAUGAAACAGACUUCGAAAACGCACCACGUUGCGCGGGAGAAACGAUGUGAUUGACCUCUUCGAUGUGGCCGGCGAUAUCAGCACUAUUUUAAUACCACAGACAAAAUGUUUUUGGUUUUUGUUUUACAAAUGGGUUUUUUCAAAGUCAGAUUUUUAUUUUCCCUUUUUAUCUAUAUUAAAAAUUUGCUCUACCAUAAAAAAAUAAACUAAUAAACAUUUAAUUAUUGAACAUGAGGUAAAUUAAACUCUCAUGUUCCUUGUUUGAUGUUCAUUUAUUUCCACAUAUACACUUAACUAUACUAAUGUUGACAAUAAAAGCGUAUAAUCAUGACCAGUGGUCGGAAUUAGGUAGAGUUAUUCAUGUACUUACACUGAUUUCAUACAGUGAAAGAAUAAAGUGGAUAUGCCUCAAAUCCCGAGAUUAAUUUUAAAGAGCAGAAAAAAUCCCGUGAUUUUUUAAAUAAAAAGUUUUUUACUUUUACAAAAUUUAAACUACUGCACGCACGACGUUGCCAAACUUACAUCAAUGAAAGAAAGAAAUAAAGAAAGAAGAAAUAAAGAAAUCCCGGGAAGGUCCACAUUAAUAUCAAUAUUGCGAUGCAAAUACAUAAAUAACUCUACCUAAUUCCGACCUCUGAUCAUGACAGACAGUUUU